UCAUGUUCAAUGAAAAUGCAUCAAUAAAAAUGUCCAUGUUCAUUUUAGUUUACAGUAAACUAUCAGUAAACUAAAAAAACUUAUUAGUAAAUGCAUAGAUUGACUGAAAAUGUUGAAUUAAAAAUUUGAAAACUUUGGUGUAAAUAUCUUUUUUACUCAUAAAUUGCUAGUAAAAUGUGCUCCAGUCUUUAUUUUUUACAUUUUUUCAUUUACAAAUUUGAAAGAUUUUCACAGUAUAAGAAUUAUUUGUGGAUCACAUUGAAUGUAGUUAACAAAUGAAACCGUAUUGUACAGUGUUACCUCUAAUUGUUGGUUGAUUAUGUUUUUCUGUUGUAGUUUCAGAGACUUACAGCAAGAGGCUUUACACUCUGUAGAAAACCAUGUCCCACAGCAAUGAUUCACCAUGGACUUUAGAGUUCCCUCAGGAUCUUCUCCAGUCUGCGGAGCGAACGCUUCUUCUCUAUCAUCUGUGUUUCCUGCGUCUGGGUAAAUUCCCAAAGCUGGAGAGUCUGAUCAGAGGACAAGCUGUUGAAACACACCGGCUGCUCAGAUGCUCUGAGGCUGUUAUUAUAAAGUGUGUCGGCACGAGUUCCAACCUGGACUCCUCUCUGUUUCCAAUACUGAAGAAAGUCGUUGAAAAGAACAAACACCUUUUGGUCAUACAUGGGGAAAAUCAGAACAUGGAUUGAUGACAUCAUUAAACCUGUGGAUUCCGUGGUGAAGAGGUAUGAACAACACAUCCAAAGUGUGGCAAUGUGUGCCAUUGAUGUGAUUCAAGUACAGAAAAUAAAAGAAGAAAAACUAGGUACUUUAAAGAUAAAGAGUUUGGAGGAAGAAAUAGCCCAGCUUGAAGAGAAGAUGAGAACAGAUAAAAAUAAUUGGAUGACCGAAAUCCAACUGACUGAACUUCAGAAGGAGUUGGGCCGUUACAGAAUGAAGCAGGGAGUGAUUUUCUACCUGAAGGAGGUUCAGAAGUUCCUUUCUCAAAUCAAGCAGAUUCUGGUUCAGCUUCAGAAGUUCUGGGAGAGAGUGCUAUCUCUGCUGGACACACUGAAAGACAAGACCCUUGUUGUGGACAAUCUCACUGAAGACCUGGAUGACCUGAAGGAGGAGUUUCUGACCUCCAUUGAAGCAGCAAGAGAGGACUGGAAUAACUUCGGUGGAUCCUGUCGAAGUGCACAAGGUGUUUUCAGCAUUCAGUCUGAAGAUACGUAUAAGUUUCUGGAGAUCAAUACGUCUUCACUCUCAGAGGAUGAACGGAGGAUGCUGUACGAGUCUGUCAUGGAGAAGCUGAAUCAGAUCAGCCCGCAGAAUUCAUCCACAGAGUGAAACACAGAGAUCUGACGCUUCCUCUCACACAUGGAAAUUAUUCUUAUAAUGCAUGCACAUAUUAAUGCACACAGCUUCUCUUGUCAUUUUUGUAAUGCAUCUCUCUUAUCCAAGCAAAUUUACAAUACCAUUAUUUCUAUUUCUGAAUUGUGCUGUAUCUCUUGUUAGAUUGCUUUGCAUUUCAUUAUGGUGUAUCAUAUAAUCAUGUAAUCUGGUCACAUGACUAAUGUCACACAAUAAAAAUAUAUUACUGUA